AUGUGGAAUAAAAGUAGAAGAACAUUGUUACUAAACAGAAGAUAUUUGUUUUUUCGAUCCUUUACUAAUCAAGUAAAAGUAUAUGACAAUAUAAAAAUUAUAGAAAGCAAAAAUUUAUAUGAAGACAAAAAUACUAAAAUUAGUAUUCGAGAAUCAUCAAAAUAUAUUAUACCGAUACCUCAAUGUGAUCGUUCCUUUAUCAGUUCUCUUGUUUAUAAAGUUUUUUUAAAGCAUACGGAAUAUGGAGAAUGUGCAUGGAGAUUAGUCCACCUAAUAAUAGAGCGAUUGGAAAAUGACGAGAUAUUAAACAUAUUUCAAAUAGAUGAAUCAUUUAAUAUGAAAAUGUAUUUUUAUAUUCUUCAUCUAUGGAUAAUUAACAAAAGAUUAAGACAUGAAUGUUAUCAAGGUGAAAUAAUGAAUACAUACAUUUUUGAUAUAACAUGGAGAAUUGUUCGUGAUUGGAUGCUUUUAAAAGAUAUUCCAGAAUAUUCUUUUAAUACAGAACUUUUAAAUUGUCAAGAAUAUGCUUUUGGGUUUUUAGUACAUUUAGAUGAGGCCUCUACCAAUGUCGAUACAUUCCCUUCACACUUAAAGAAUAUAUUAUGGGAGCACCUAUACGAAAAAAAAGUAAAAAAAUCUGGGACAGUUGUCACAGAAUUGAGUAAAUAUAGUAUACUUCAAAUGAGACACAUUUUUAAUUUAUCAAGUGAUCAUUUUUUACAAGCCUCUUUUAUAUGGGCUGAUUUUUAUAAUCAAAAAAAAUUAAAUCGUCGCUUGCCCGCAUUAUGUCAGCAAAUAUCAUAUGGAGGUUAUCGCCCAAAAGAUAAAAGCAAAUACCUUCCCUAUGACGAUGGGAAAAAAUUAUUACCCAGGACUUAUUAG